AUGUAUUUAGAAGCUAGACGACUUGCUCAGAUUCAAGUACCAGACCAGCUGCUUGAUGGGUGGGAAUUACGAAAUCGCACCCUGCAUAGUGAUGGUACCUCCAAACAUGGCUACCAUUAUGCCACCUUUGAUGUGACAUUAGAUGAUGGUAAUGUAAUGGUGGCCGGGCUGAGGGACAUGGCAUGUGGUGAUGCUGAAUCACAAUUAGAAUUACUAAAAGAAGUUUUAGGUGAUAUUACAAGCUCUCUGGAAGAGGAAAAUGCAGAUAAGAAGGUGAUGAAAUCCAUAAAGAAUUUGAUGUCUGACCGCUGCAUUGUCCAGAAGAAAUUCAAUGAGAUUCUCCAAAAAUACCGACAGUCCAUUCUGCCUGAAGUUGUUGAAGAGUGGGAUAUACUUGAUGAUGAUGAAAAAUCAAAGGUUGAGAGAAUGAAUGACCUAUUCUGUGGCCUACAUUACAUUGUUGGGCUUGCUGACCAAGCAGAGGAAGCUUUAAAGAUAUGGGACAAGCUCUUGUAUGAUAACACAAAGGUUGGUAGCCUUUGUCAAGGUGGGUAUAGUAAAGGAGAGAGUGGCACUCUCCGUUUACUUCGAACAGUGUGCAAAGCUGUUCAGGCCAAGGGAUGCGAACGAUCUGGAAGAGCUGUAUCCUUUGCCGAUUAUGUUAGAGAGAAAGGUGUUGAAUUAAUCCCCCUUGCACCUUUUCUAGGAAAUAGAUUUAAUAUUAUAUUUCAUAAUGGGGGUGGUGUAUUCUAUUUGCAUGAGCACCUUAGACCAUCCUUUGAUAUGAUGAAGGAUGAAAACAAACUGCUGAAAGCAGUUCACUAUGACUUAGAAGUUUCUUCAUUUUUAGCUGGGUGCAGGGCCUUAGGGUUGAUUAACAAGUUUAUUACAGGUCCUUUGUGGAGAGUCCUUGAAAAGGAAGAGGUAAGUUUCAUGGAUAUGAGUGCAUGAUACCAGCGACUGUUGGAGUGUUUUGAAGAAUGGGCUCAAGACUCCACUCCUGUACUCACUGGUGAAGCUGUCGUGUUUGAUGAUGUCAAACUGAAAAAAGAUGUGUGUUAUGAAAAGCUAAUCGAUGAAGACCCCACCUGGGAUCCAAUGACAAAGCAAGUCCUCGAGUUGAUCUUUGGAUCAUUUGUUGUGGUAACAAAGAGAAUGUUGAGUGAUCACCUGGAGGGUGGUAAGUAUGACAAACCCAAUGCUGAAAUGCAAGAUGAGUGCAAGAAUGCUCCCAAGACAAAUGUUGUUCCUGAACGAGAUUUCGGAAUGCUAGAUCGACUUAUUGCACAGAAACCCAAUGCAACAACCUUGGUUUUUGAAGGCAUCUUGAUGUUCACAAAGAAUGGUAGUAAAGGUUGGAGAGAUUUGUUGCCCCCUGAAAAGAGAGCUGCUGUAAUGGAAAUGGCACGGAAUUCCAAGUCAAGUCAACGACAGCAAUUCAUUGAGCGGAAAGCAACAAUUAGAAAAAAGAGAGAGGAAAAGCUUGAGAAAGGAAAGCAAGAAAAAGAGUGA